AGACAAACUACUCUCACAGAAAUAGAUGCAAAGAACAAUUCUCUGAUUCAGUCUGAGUACAUACAGUAACAGAAAGAACAAUGGAAGCCAUCCCAAUGAGUACUGAUUUCUUCAAAGGCACUUUUAGGGAACAUGCGGAGGACUGGUACACGGGCUGCACAUACAGUAUGAAGGAUCUCCCCCCUGCAGCUUUGAUUUCAAACAGGAAUAGAACUCUGUGGAAGAAACCCUUCAGGAAGCAAGUGGCUCUUAAUCUGACAGCAGCAAGAAACAUAAAGAUCUCAAAUGACCUUACCUUCAGCACAUCCAAAAUCUGCUGCACGGCUACAACAGCAUACACAUACGGCAGGUUCCCUGAAUUCAGAACUGUGAAUGAUACAGAGGACAAUGUAGAGAGUGUCAGGACGACAGAAGCCACGCUUACUGAUGAACCAACGUUUCACCUUAUAAAUUCCGUUACAUACAGCAUAAAGGACACAGACAACAAGCAUUUUGUGUUACAAAGAUCUGGUGACAAUGUACAACUCAUAGGCAAGCAAUUACAGGGGGAUAACAUUAAGUUAGCAGAGAAGAUAGAAAUAGAUCAAUUCAUUUCAAGACCAGUUCCAGCCAACAAGAUUCCUGUCGCUUUAAGCCUGUUGGGGAGGAACCUGUACCUGUGUUGUAAAGAAAAAGAACUACAUUUGAAGGAAGUCAGCAACAUCAAAGACCUCAACCAGAAGGAUUUGAAACCUUUUAUUUUCCUAAAAGCCCAAAAUUCUGCAGAGUCCACAGUUACUUUUGAAUCUGCUGAUGCUCCUGGGUAUUACAUCAGCACUGCGACUAAAGAGGAAACAGUCAAGCUGUCUGAAAGUGAAUCAAGAAUAAAACAUUUUCAACUCUUCGGCAUCUAGGUUCCUGUUUUCCAGCCCUUUUAUUGCUGAACUGCAAUUCUUAGAUUCAUAUAAGUACUGCUAGAUGUUUUAGUUUAGUAGUACUAAUGGGUAACAAAUACAUAUGUUUUUUCCACUAUCUUUUCCAGGCUGAAAACAAGUUUCCUUUGGCUAGCUGGCCAAUAGACUCCCUGCACUGUUAUGAUCUCCUAAAAUAAACAGGCAAUGAGGGCAAGGCCUAGUGGCCAAAGGCACAUAGUACAGUUCAGUUGGUAGCAUGGCCAGGGAAAACCAGUCGAAAAGGAAAUUAUACAUGCACAGAUGCAGCAAAAAUAGUUCUCUAAAUUUGCUCAUAGCUCUGCAUUUGGCUGGUAGAUAUGGUGGGACAGUGUUGUUCUCAUCAGUUGCUUUUGUGCAGUUUGGAAGAACCAGGGGAGAGCUGUACAGGGGUCCCACUGUUUUAAAGUGAUAAGCAGGUUUAUUUAUCGUUGAAAUUUUAACCUGGAUUUGUGUAAUUAUAAUGUAGUAUAUAUCAUUUCUAUUUGCAUUUUUUAUAUGUUAUUUAUAAUUUUAUGUUAUAAAUAUUUAUGUCUGAACAAAACAAAAAAUAUUUUUAUGAAAUAUUAGCUUACAUUAGCUUGGAUUACAUAUGAAUGAUAUCCAAAUUUAUCAACCCCUCCAUUAACUGAGACUCAGUUCCCUACUGCCUCCUUGCAAUCUGCAACUGGAUGACCCAACGGUGCCUCAAACUGAACCUAACAAAAAAUGAACUGAUCAUCUUGUCACCUAAGCUUGGUCAUACUUCCACCUUUACUAUCUCGAUUGAUGGCAUGCUCAUUAACCCUGUCAACCUUGUUGUCUGGCGGUGAUCUUUGACUCCUCUCUCUUCUCUGACCAUAUUAAAACCACUGUAAAAACAUUAAAUGCUGGUGCCAGAAUUCUCCUCCUCUCAUUCAAGAGGGUACAGGCCCCUUCACUGCCCUUCAUUUCUCUGCUCCUCACUACAUCUCUCGUGCCUCCAUAGGUUCCUGGCCGACUCCUCUGCUCUUCUCAGAACAACUUCUUGGUUGCACCCCCCACCACUACUGCUAUUUCCCAUCUUAAUCCCUUCUGCCUUGCUGCUCCUUACGUUUGCAAUGCCAUCCCUGAAUUCCUCCAUCAGUCUCUUCAGAACUAAAUUCAAGGACUACCUAUUGGAGCACUCGUAUAGCACCUGAACUGGGAACUGGCACUUAUAUUUUAGUGUCACCCACUGUAACCUGCAGCACUAA